AUGUUACUGAAACGGCGCAAGACCGUUACUGGAAGGCCAGUGUUACAACAAGCACCCAAAAUUAAACCUGAGCGAGCAAGACGAAUUAUAAGACGAUUCCAUUUGCUGAUUAACAAAAGGCGAAUCAUCGCAGUUAAACUGAAGUUCAAGCUUGCUGAAAACGAUGAGGCUGGUACGGCGAAAACCGUAAAUAAAAAACUUGAGCUGUUAGGGCUCAUGUCUCAGUAUCGCGAAGGCUGGAAAGCUUCCCACCCGGACGCCCAAUUGGAAGAACAGAUGCUCAAAGCACAAGGUAUCAAAGAAUCUCAAACUCUUGCUCGUGUACUCGGCUACAUAAUGGGCGAAAUUCACGACCGUGGCGGCCUACAGAACUACCAAUUAGCGAGCACAAUCGGACAGGACAAGAACCGUGGUGGGGACUCAUCGAAGAUUUUGAUCAAAUGGUUCCAGAAGAUUAGGGACUCACGAAAAACAUAUAGAGCUUUGGAGCUAGGGUCUUUAAGUGCUCGUAAUGCAAUUUCCACCAGCGGAAUGUUCAAUCCAGUGGUCAGAAUAGAUUUGAACUCGAACGAUCCUGCUAACAUAGAACGCCAGGAUUUUAUGGAGCGCCCAAUACCGAAAGAUGAUUUAGAGCGGUUUGAUUUAAUUUCUUGCUCGCUGGUACUGAAUUUUGUGCCAAGCCCAGAGCUUCGAGGGGCCAUGCUCAAAAGAUUCGAGAGUUUUCUGCGAUUGGAUGUUGCGUCAACAUAUGUCUUCUUAGUAUUGCCGCUUCCAUGCGUGGAUAACUCUCGAUAUAUGACACAGGAUACAUUAUGUGCCAUGAUGAACUAUCUGGGCUACAGAAUGAUCAACGAGCACAAAUCCCCUAAGAUCAUAUACCUGCUGUUCGAGCGUGAAAAAUCGCAGGACCGCUCAAACUCCGGCGGAAAGACACUGCAUUUCACCAAAAAGAAGAUACUUCGAGACCAUGCAGGCAUGAAUAAUUUCAGCGUUCUUCUGUGA